AAGGACCCACUAAAUCAGCAGGGAGAGCAGUCUGCCUGUGUAUAGUAAAGGCAGGCUUGCUGAUAGAAUUUCACAGGGAAUAACAGGAUGAGACAACUGAGCUGUUAAGCCUUUUGUUUUCUUGGGAAGGUCAUGAACUGCUGCUUCUGCUUUUGUAUGUAAAUGGGUGUUUCUGUCUGGUGCCCAUGAGCCUUCUCAGUAACUAUCGGAAAAAGACCAGUUAUGAUGGUUAUGAAUCUUUGCAGCUGGUGGACAGCAACGGUGACUACAGCAGAGAGAGGAGUAACAGUGGGCAAGGAGUGAUUGUGACAGCAACAGCAGCAACAACAGCAGCCACAGGCCCAAGUAAAGAGCCAGACUGCAGCACCAUGGACAGCUCAGGUGCAUCAACUCCAGACCUGGAGCCCGCAUCAGGUGGGGGUCUGCUGGAUAUGGUAAAAGGAGGGGCAGGCCGACUUUUCAGCAACUUAAAAGAUAACCUUAAGGACACUCUAAAAGACACAUCAUCAAAGGUUAUGCAGUCUGUUGCUAGUUACACAAAGGGAGAACUUGACAUUUCAUACAUUACCUCAAGGAUGAUAGUGAUGUCCUUUCCAGCAGAGGGUGUGGAACUGGGAUUUAGAAAUCACAUAGAAGAUGUAAGAUCUUUCCUUGAUUCACGACACCAGGAUCAUUAUACAGUUUUCAAUUUGUCUCAGAAAUCAUAUCGGAGUGCCAAAUUUCAUAAUCGGGUAUCUGAAUGCAGCUGGCCUGCAAGGCAAGCUCCAAGCUUACACAACCUAUAUGCUGUAUGUAAAAACAUGCAUCAUUGGCUACAACAGAACCCAAAGAAUGUCUGUGUUAUUCACUGCAUGGAUGGCCGUGUUGCUUCAGCAGUGUUGGUCUGUGCAAUGUUUUGUUUCUGCCAUCUCUUCUCUAACCCAACUCCUGCCAUACAGCUACUAAAUUUGAAACGACCAGGAAUAGGGCUUUGGCCUUCCCACAGUAGGUACAUAGCAUAUGUUUGUGACCUAGUUUCUGAGAAGCCCACACUUCCGCACUGUAAGUCCGUUAUUCUUAAGGCAGUCACAAUGAGCCCAGUGCCCUUUUUCAAUAAACAGAGGAAUGGCUGCCGACCAUUUUGCGACAUUUUUAUUGGAGAAACAAGAAUAUUUACAACAGCACAGGACUAUGAAAGAAUGAGAGAAUGCAGAGUGCAAGAAGGAAAAGUUGUCAUUCCCCUUGGAAUAAGCGCUCAUGGGGAUGUAGUUGUUUCAGUGCAUCAUAUGAGGUCAACAAUUGCAGGAAGAAUUCAAGCAAAGUUGACAAAUACGCAAAUUUUCCAGUUCCAGUUUCACACGGGGUUCAUUAAACCUGGCACAGCACAGCUGAAAUUUACUAAACCCGAACUGGAUGCAUGCGAUGCUCCGGAUAAAUAUCCCCAGCUGUUUCAUGUAUUGCUAGACAUAGAGGUAGAGGCAGCAGAUAAACCUCUGGAUCUGACCCCACCAUGGGAACAUUUUGUAGCAAAAGAUAUAAUUCCCAACAUCCUCUUUUCAUCACAUCAAGAGCAUCAGGAUGCCCUUUCAUUAGAAGGCAGACCUCCAACAGGGUCACAUCAAGACAAUAUAAAGAAUGUGGGUCAGCAAGGUGCAUUCUUUUCCUCUUUAAACUGGCAAGAUCAGAAGUCAGAGAAGACCGGCACCCACGGUGGUUCAGAGGACAAAGCAGCUCUUGUGAAUGAUGAGAGUGAGCCAUCUGAUGAUGAAUUAUUGUCACUGUCCAGUCAGCACAGUAAUGCUUGCUCUGAAGCACCACAUGGGACACCAAAAGGCAACAAAAAGCAGGAAUAUCAUCAGGCUUCACCAGCUGAAGACAUUGAUCUUUUGGGUCUAGAAGGCAGUCCCACGUCUAAAACCUUUCCUGCUCAGCCUGCAGCUCCCCCAAAGAACACUGAUCUAUUCAGUGACCUGUUUGGUGACAGUGCUACUAGUCUAUCUGCUCAGGGUAGUCAUGUGGGCAGUGAAGAUCCAUUUUUGCCAGGAGGUGGGGGAUCUACUCAUUCUACUCCACGAAGAUCUGCAGCAUCUCCUUCACCAGCACCAUCACCAAGAUUUGGAGAAGCAACAGUAUUUGAUCCAUUUGGGACAAGUCCGAAACAGUCUGAAUCAGAAUUUUUGGGUUCCUUUCUUGGCACAUCUAGCACUGCUGGACAAAAUGACCCCUUUCUACAUGCCAACAGGACACCAUCACCAACUCCACAUGCAGAUCCAUUCAACAUGGGUAGGACAUCUCCAGUUCCUCCAACUACGCCAACAGUUUCCAUUCAGUCCACUGGUGUGGGGGGCUGGGAUUGGAACACUCCAUCAACUGCUCAAGGUGGUGUAAACAGAUCAAUGGCUACAAGCCCUACAGGAUCUCUCCAUAACACUCCAACACAUCAGUGUAAGCCACAGACACUAGAUCCAUUUGCUGAUCUUGGUGCCUUAGGAGCAAAUUUGGCUGGUGGUUCUUCAUUUUCCAGUAAGCCUACCACACCUACUGGAGCAGGUGGAACAUUUCCACCUAUGGGUUCACCACAGAAACCCUCCCCCCAGUCAAUGGGUGGUAGUUCUUGGCAGCAGGGCACUGGCUUUAAUUGGCAGGGAGGAACUUCAUGGCAACAGAAUCAGGCAAGGCCACCACAACCACAGCAAAGCAUGCCCCAUGCAUCUCCUCAGAACAGACCGAACUACAAUGUGAGCUUUUCUAAUGUGGCUGGCAGCCAAAAUGAACGCAGCAAAGGACCAGCCAACUUUGUGCGACCAAAAAUGGUGGAUGAUAACUUUGAGGACUUAUUAUCAGGCCAAGGGUUCAGUGCUCAUAAAGAUAAAAGGACUAAAACAAUUGCUGAAAUGAGAAAAGAAGAAAUGGCUAAGGAAAUGGACCCAGAAAAGUUAAAGAUACUGGACUGGAUUGAAGGGAAAGAACGAAAUAUAAGAGCUCUUCUAUCAACAAUGCACACAGUGCUCUGGGAGGGAGAGACCAAAUGGAAACCUGUUAGCAUGGCAGAUCUUGUUACUCCAGAACAAGUUAAGAAAGUCUACCGGAAGGCAGUACUCGUUGUACACCCUGACAAAGCAACUGGGCAGCCGUAUGAACAAUAUGCAAAAAUGAUUUUUAUGGAACUGAAUGAUGCCUGGACAGAAUUUGAUAGCCAGGGCCAAAAGGCACUCUACUGAUGUUCCCAGCAACUCCUCUACAUUCCUGUUUAUUUAUUUUAAGUUUGUGCUCUCUGUGAUUUUCUUUCUCCAUUUACCACCACUAAACUACAGUUUUAUUUGGAAUGCCGGUAUUCAAAAUAACUGUUCAAACAUCCUCUCCUAACUUGUUAAAAUGCAACUAUAUUUCAAAAAGAACAACAUUCAAGAUUGCUUUGUAUGUAUGUGUUCAGCUUGGAUUGUCAAAGGAGAGAGAAAAAGAGCACUCCGGAAGAACCCAACAGAAAGCUUUUUUUCCUAAUUAAUAUUUGAAGAAGGUUUAUGCAUAUCAGUGUACUGUACUCAUAGGGCUGCUGUACCUUCAGGAAACUGUAGGUUGAUUGAUGUCAAAAAGUAAUUUGAACACUGCUAAACAUUCUGUAAACCAUUAAGAAUAUGCUGAGUUUGCAGUACUGGUACAGUGAAAUGUAAGCUACGACAUUAUUUUUAAUAUGCAACAUAACUGUUUACUUGGUUCAUCCUUAAUCCACAUAAAUGGAGUUUAUGCUGGAUAACCCAUACUUUUUUCCUAUCUUGCUAUGCUUUCACUACAUUCAGGGUUAAUGAAGUGCAUCACCCCCCCCCCCCACGAAUUACAGAUUUUUAUCAUUUUAUUUUAAUAGUCACAGAUGAUGCAAUUUUCAGUCUAUCAUAAAAAAAACACAGCAAGUAAGUUGUUACAUAUCAGGUGAAAUGUUUUGAAUAUAUUUUAAUUUAAGUUUAUAAUUAGAGAAAUGGACAACUAAAACAGUGUGCUUCUAUAGAUUUAAUGCAUAGAAUUUUGUUUACAUGUAUAUAAGUACAUAAGGUUAAACCAGGUCUGAAGACUUCCUCAUUUCACAGACGUGUAUACAGACACAUGCACGCAUGCAUACACACAUGCACAUAUCAUUUGGAGAAAUGCAGUUUCGGGGGAAGCAAAAAGAGUGAGUGCUGUUUUCUGAAACUACUUUCGCCUUGCUUUUUUUUUUUUUCAAAGUUGUGACCUCUGAGUUAAUAUAUAUAAAUCUGGGGGUAUGGUUGCUGUCUCUCCAUAUGGAGGAUGCAGGGGGGCUUGUCCCCUGAAAAAAAAUUAAUUGUAAUCUUUGCUGAAGAUAGUUUCGUUGAAUUGUUUACAGUUUAUUCCCAUUUGUUGAAACUUCCUUUGGUAAAUUGACAUGAAUCCAGCACAUGUACACACACACACACACACACACACACACACACACACACACACACACACACACACACACACACACGCACACAAGAAAAACAAACAAAUACUGGAGCAGUAAAUUGCACUGCAGUACCCUACUUGUGAUGUUUUAGAAAUGUUUGAAUUCAUUGCUGUACUUUCACUGAAGAUGCAUAUAAACGUUACUAAUGGCAGCAAUAUCUGGCUCAAUGUAAUUUAACAGAAUGGGGACGUUAUCCUCCAGGUGUACCAUACAUUAUCAUACAAUAUUGCUUAACUGUUAAAUAUUUUUUGACAAGAGAUGUGGUUGUUUGGUACUACAACAUUAUUAAAGUUUGAAUGUCUGAGUACAAUUAAGCAAUACCAUUUUUUUCACAAAUCUCACUCUCGUACUGUAAGUUUUUGUGUGACAUCCAUUGGAUCCCCAUAGAGAGUAGGAAUGUACCCUGCCACAGUCGUUCCUCCAUGUGUGUUGCACCAAAGAGCAAAUACCUUGGCAACUCAUUCCAACCUUCCAUUGGGAAUCAGCACCUAGUGGGACUUUCCCCUACUCCAUUAAAGAAAGCAAGCAGGCAUCGGCCAAUUAUUUUUCCAUCACCUUAACCAGUCCUCCAGUCCAUGGGCCACUACUCAGCUGAAAAAUGAACAUGCUGCUUAUCCAUCAGCAGGUUAGCUUUCUAAUAUAAAUAAAACAUGUAAAAUGGUGGAAGAAAUUAUAAGACUGUGAGUUUGUUAGGCACAAAUCCACAAAUGGGGUGGGUAUAUCAGGAUUUGUCCAUGGUUGGUAUGGCUGAUCAUGAGGGUGAAGCCUGAGUCAUUAAACAAAGCCAACCGUGAGUAAAUCUUGAUAUAUCCACAAACAGGAGUGGAUUAUUACUGUUAUACAAUUACAUUUGUUAAGAAAGAAAUUGCUUACCAUUCUUAAAAAAAAUAUUUAUGUAAGGGCACUUCAGUCUUCUUCUGCAUUAUCUUCCCUAAACUGAUGUAUUAUGCAUGUGUAUGGGAUUAUGUUCCCACGCUUCAACAGUAAGUACAUCAGUGCAGUACUGGAGAAUCAGUGGAGGAAAGAGAAUGUCUGUCGCCUUUUAUUUUAUUAAGAGUUAAAAAAACUGUUUUACAAGAGACAGCACAAAAAUAUAAGGAAAAUCAGGUAGGUUUCUGUUUGCUUAGUUUUGCAGAACAUACCUGAUUUUUCUUAUAUGUUGCUCUGUUCCUCACCAUAUGCCAGUAGAAAGUCUGUCUAUUCAAUUGUCAGAUUGUUUUCUAUUAAUGUAUGGUUGAAUUACAAUGUAUAUGUUGGUUGGACUGUCCGUUUUUGAAUAGUAAUGAGCCUUAAUUAUAUAAAUAUUAAGUUUAGGUGAUGUGCUUUGCCUGACUGAAUCCCAAUUUGCAGCUGUCUACAUAAGCAGUCACUGAUCAGAAGAAGGCUAUAUUUCACAGUCUGUUUUGUUCAAGUAAAAUAUAUGAACUCCUUAUUUAAAAUAUUUUCAUUGGCCAAACAUUGCCUGAAUAUGGAGGAACUGUAAUACCUCAUGUACGGGAUGAGAUCCCCCAGCUAAAUAUAACUAAGGCAUCCCUUAGGAUCGAAUAAAUGGAGUACUUUCAGUUGUUUGGAAUUUUCAGCAAACAAGAUAUGGAGAGUUCAAACUUUUUUGUGGAAAUGUUUUGUGCUUCCAACUGCAUUAACAUAUGACAUUUAAAUGGUUGGGAAAGGAGUAGUCUGCCCAUUAUCAAAAACUUACAUUUCUGAAAUGUGAUCUUUUUUGCUUUGAUGUUAAUUGCUUUGUCUAUAAAGUGGUGUUUAUGAGAAACUACAGUGUCUGUCUGUUUGUAAGUGUUCUGGUGACACUGUGAGAAAAUACAGUGUCUGUAAGUAUUCUGGUGACACUGUGAGAAAAUAGAGUGUCUGUCCAUCUGUUUGUAAGUGUUCUGGUGACACUCUGCAUCACGUAACACUAUUUCCUCACAGUUCUUAGUUCUCUGAUUAAGUUCCUACAGGGGUGCCUUUUCUGCAGUGUUUGCACUUCAUUCCUUUAUUCAUGUGAAUUUUUGCUGAAUGCUCUGCUUUCUUCCCCAUCCACAAAACACAUGGUAAAAGGUAAAAUUCUAAAUUUCCUAUUGGAAGGCAUAUGGUAGGUAUAUAAAUAUGUGCCUUGUGAAAGACUGAUGUCCUGUCCAGGAUUAGUUUCUCUGCCUCAUUCCUGUUAAAAGCAACGAUAGGCUAUGGCUCCUGUGUGCCCCUGUAUAGGAUAAAGUGAGUACUGCAUAGAAUAGCAUGGGUAUUAGUAAUGAAUGAAUGAAUGAGUGAUCUAAGUCACAUAAUUCCCAGCAAUGUUUCAUGAAAAGUUGCUUAAUUGUAAUAAAAAUCUACUUUUUAUUGCCUCUAAAAAACACAAGAAAAAGAAACUAUACAUGCAUUAAUAAGUUUUAGGGCUGUUCACCAAGACUUGUGGUUUGUCAACAAUUACAGUGCAGUCAGUAAUUCAUCUGGAAAUGGCACAUGUGAAGCACUUCACUAGGAAAGUUACAUGAAUUAACUCUGGUCUUCUGGUGAGUACACAAUUCAUUGCAGCUAAUGGCUAGAUGAUAAAUAGCAGGAAACCAAUGCUGUCCAGAAAGGUGAGAUGAAUGCAGAAUUAGCAUGAACAUUCUUAUAAACAAAAUUACAUGCACUACAGUACUGCAGAAGUGGUUUGACUCUACAAUAAUUCAGUGCAGUUAAGGGAACUGUGCACCAGUGAACACAUCUGCAGGUCUUGUGCCAAUGCAUUAAUGCCAUGAUUUGCUUUUAACAGCUCUUGUAUAUGCAGCUUCACUUUAACGGUUUUUAUGGCAAUGUUGUUGAAGUUCAUGGUUUCCCUAGGCCUAGCUGAGUGCAGACUGGAUAUGUACUUUGCACUUGAGUUCCUUUAGCGGACGUUAAAUUCAUUGAUCAUUGUUUUCCAUAGGAAAUCACUGCUGGUGUGGUUUCUAAGUGUGCUUUUACAGUAUUUCUUCAUUUUAGUAUUUCUGUUCUUGGAGUUUGUAUAACUGUGGAGUUUGUGGAUGUAGCUUCCGGGGGGGGGGGGGGGUGGCAGAGGAUACAUAGGAGCUUAUCCCCUGCAAAAACACUUAUUUUAUACAUUUUUAUCCAGCUGAGUUCCCAGCAGGUUGCACGUGGUGAGUUGAGCCCUUACCACAUUGAAAGUUGGGACUCGUGUGUGGGUCAAAGUGCACCAUUACAUAUUUAUUACUUGGACUAUAAGAACAUAUCAAGACUAACGUACAGUAUACCAGUAUAUGCUGUUAUAGUUUUUGCAUGUGACUUUGUUUUAUGUUACAUACACAGUCUAUUUUCAGUACAGAUCUCCAUAAGAUAGUCUUGCUUCUGCUUCUAACAGUCAAAAUAGCAGUACAAAGCCACUGAUUACCAUAAGUCAUGUGCUAUUUCACUAACAGGUUUAUCACAGUUUUGGAAUAUAACUUAAGUUCCGCAGAUAUUUUAGACAACCAUAACAAAAUGUCAGCUUUGCUUCAACAAAUGGCAUUACAGUGAACUUUAGAAGCACACUGCGUUUGCUUGUCAGGUCUAAAAGUAUUAUUUACUGUAACCUACUUUCAUGUGAUUUGUAACCUUCAUCACGAAUAUGUACAUAUUACAUGACUCGAACUGACAAUAAAAAACUCAUCAAUAUAAUUCA